AUGGCGAGGUUAAGAGAUCAGGGCGUCAAAUUUGAUAUUCUAGAUGCCAAGCUCUUCACUUUUCAAUUGUUCUCUGCUAUCGGCCACUUGGCUUCGAAAAACAUAGUCCAUAUGGAUAUAAAACCGCAAAAUGUGAUUAUGGAUCGCGCGAAGGGUUUGCUAAAAUUGGCUGAUUUUGGAAAUGCUCGGCGUCUGGAAACAAAUGAAAAGACAGGAGGUUCUUAUCAGGUAACACGUUUCUACCGGCCUCCAGAACUAUUGUUUGGAUGUGAGAAAUUCACACCUGCCAUUGACAUUUGGUCUGCAACGUGUGUAGCAUUCGAGCUAUUUGCUAAUCGUGUACUCUUCAAGGGAAAAGAUACGAAAGACCAAAUAACAUUGAUCAUCGGAGUUUUUGGUUAUCCAACUGACGAAGAUAUUAAAAGUAUCGGAGUAAAGAGGCCAAGAGUAGCAAGAAAAGAAGCGAGAGGAAUAGAAACAUUCACCAGCAAAAUGCUAGAUUCUGAUAUCUACGAAUUCAUGAAAUCCACUUUGAAAAUUGAUCCCAAAAAGCGAAAAUCCGCCGUGGAUGUGCUGAAAAUGCCGAUUUUUGAUGUGAUAAAAGCAGUUCCACGCAAGAAAAGAUCCAACGGAAUAGAGAUUCCAGACCUAAUUCGUUACACAGAAAUGAAUCAUAAAAGAGAAACAGAGGUAGAACCGGCAGCCGAUAUUGAGACGACCGAGAAAGCUGAAAAAGAAUCGAAGAGCUCAUCAUCUCAUUCAGGAGAAGAAGACAAUCGAAAAUAG